GAGAUGAAACCGACGGAGAAGUUGUGGAGUUGCUGUCAGCCAUGGGAGAAGUAGUCGAGACGUGGAAGGCUGCAGAGGUGUCCAAACGGAGAAACUCAAGAAGCAGAUCAACAGGACGGUGCGGAGCGCUCCCUUUCUGCACACUUUAAAAACAAUGGAAAACUGUCCCUGAACCCUCAUCAUGAGCGGAGAAUAGGCGCCUCAGUGGAGCUGCGAUGGUUUAAACACACUUUACUGUUGUGGGUUUGGAUCAACAGGACUAAAUCCAAUGAGAGAGGUCUGAUGGGAAAGUAAUUGAUCGGUGUCCGCUGCGGUUAGAGAUACAAAAUCAGGUUAUUUCACUGAGCGUUGAUUAAACACGCUGAGUGACACCAUGUGGACCCCGGGGACGUGGAUGUGGCGAGCGGCUGUGUGCUGCGUGCUUCUGGAAACAUUAACGCACACCGCCAGAGGUCUCAACAUGUGUAUGAGUGGCAGUGCUACGUCCUGUGAAGAAUGUCUGCUGAUCCACCCCAGUUGCGCCUGGUGCGCACAAGAGGAUUUUGGGAGAGGGCGCACUCUGACAUCACGGUGUGAUUUUAGUCAAAACCUGCAGAAGAGGGGCUGCGCUGCUCGAUUCAUUGAGUACCCCACCAGCAGCAUCUCAAUCCUGCAGAACAGGCCCCUAAGUUCAAAAGGGUCGGGGUCGACCCAGUACGACGUCGUCCAGAUUAUGCCUCAGAAAAUCUCCCUCAGCUUGCGCCCAGGAGACCAGACGUGGUUUGGACUGCAGGUGCGGCAGGUGGAGGACUACCCAGUGGAUCUCUACUACCUGAUGGACCUCUCUCUUUCCAUGAAAGAUGACCUGGACACCAUUCGUAACCUGGGUACCAAGCUGGCUCAGGAGAUGGGAAAGCUCACCAGCAACUUCAGGCUGGGCUUUGGCUCCUUUGUGGACAAAAACAUGUCCCCCUUCUCCUACACAGCACCCAAGUAUCAAGAGAAUCCAUGCAAUGGCUACAAACUCUUCCCCAACUGCGUCCCCACCUUUGGUUUCCGCCACAUUCUCUCACUGACAGACAAAGUGGACCGUUUUAAUGAGGAGGUGCAGAAGCAGAUGGUAUCUCGCAACCGGGACGCACCAGAGGGCGGAUUUGACGCCAUCCUGCAGGCUGCUGUUUGUAAGGAUGAAAUAGGUUGGAGGAAGGAGGCCUACCACCUGCUGGUGUUUGCCACAGACGACGUACCUCACCUUGCUCUGGACGGCAGGCUGGGAGGCCUCGUCCAGCCCCACGACGGAAUGUGUCACCUCAAUGACAAGAACGAGUACAGUGCCUCCACAAAGAUGGACUAUCCUUCUUUGGCUCUUCUGGGGGAAAAACUGGCAGAAAAUAACAUCUUUCUCAUAUUUGCAGUUACAAAACGGCUGUACGUUAUCUAUAAGAAUUUUACUGCACUCAUACCGGGAACUACAGUUGAAAUCCUGGAUCAGGACUCCAAGAAUGUCAUUCAGCUGAUCAUCACUGCCUACAAUAACAUCCGUUCUAAAGUGGAGCUGACAGUAUGGGACCACCCAGAGGACAUCAGCCUUUCCUUCACCGCCACCUGCCAGGAUGGAAAGCCGCUGCCAGGCCUCAGGAAGUGCGCUGACUUGAAGAUAGGAGACACUGUUUCCUUCAAUGUGAGUGUAGAGGCAAGGAGCUGCCCUCCCCGCGGCACUGACCAGAGCUUCACCAUCAAGCCAGUGGGAUUCAAAGACCGUCUGGAGGUGGCUGUGGAUUAUCAGUGUGACUGCGGCUGCAGCCGGAUAGCACAAACAAACAGCAGCAUCUGCAGCUCCAUAGGUACGUAUAACUGUGGGACUUGUCAGUGUGAGCCGGGCUACCUGGGUGCCCGCUGUGAGUGCCAGGAGGGUGAAGCCAGCAGCAUGCACCUCAGCGCCUGUCGGGAAGCCGAAGGCAAGCAAAUCUGCAGCGGGCGAGGAGAGUGCAGCUGUAACCAGUGUCUGUGCUACGAAUCAGAGUUUGGCAAGAUUUACGGCAGCUUCUGCGAGUGCGACGACUUCUCCUGUGCUCGACACAAAGGCAUCCUCUGCUCAGGUCAUGGAGAAUGUCACUGCGGCGAGUGUAAAUGCCACGCUGGUUACAUUGGCGACAACUGUAACUGUUCCACGGAGACGUCGUCCUGCAUCUCAGAUGAUGGACAGAUGUGCAGCGGGCGAGGUAACUGCGUGUGCGGCCGCUGUCAGUGCACUGAGCCAGGGGCCUUUGGAGAUACCUGUGAAAAAUGCCCCACCUGCCCCGAUGCCUGUGGCACUAAAAGGGAGUGUAUCGAGUGCCGGCUUUUCAACUCAGGACGAAUCGCAGACAACCAGACUUGCCAGCGCCUGUGCAAGGAUGAAAUCAUCACUGUGGAGACCCUCAAAACUGACGACCCCGGUGCUGUGCUUUGUCUGUAUAAGACAGAUAAUGAUUGUGUCAUGAAAUUCACAUAUUCUGAGCACGUCAGUGGACUGUCCAUCCUCGCAGCGCUUCAAGAGCCAGAGUGUGGUGGCGGGCCAGAUGCCCUGACGGUGCUGCUGGCCGUGGUCGGCAGCAUCCUGCUGGUGGGAGUUGUGCUGCUCGCUGUGUGGAAGUUGGUCAUUACUAUUCAUGACCGGAGAGAGUUUGCACGCUUCCAAAGCGCACGCUCACGUGCCCGAUACGAGAUGGCCUCCAACCCUCUGUACAAGCAGCCUGUCUCUACACAUUUUGUAGAAACAGAUUUCAACAUGUAUGGGAAGUCCUACAACGGAGGGGUCCACUGAUCCCUAAGCACAGGGCGCGGCAGGACCGGUCCAACAAAUAGAUCCCUGGAAGACGGGGCCAAGGUGAAUGGCGGACUGAACACACUGGUCCCUCCGCACGGUGCACAACUGAUAACAGAAGUGAAAAGAACGAGACUGUCCAAAGGGUGGGAAUUUGUGGCCUUUUUGUCUUUACAGAGAAGAUUCAAGCCUAUCAGAGAGAAGCAUUUUGACUUCUUUUUCUUCAUCUGUGUGCUUUGCUCAUGACUGUGGCGGCAACGAAGCAUGAACUCCUUGGUCUUGUCUAGAGAGAGACACAGAAAGAGAAAGUAGAGUUAGCAGUGAGUUUGUCUGCAGUUACUCUCAUGAAAUCCAUAACUUCAACAGCAUAAAACCAGCGUUCAGUCUUUGUACAGAGCAGGCUUAUAUUUGUAUAUUUUUAUAAACACUAAAAAUGCUCUUUUUAGUCAAAACUAUGCACCCCACAGGAUUCUGAACAAGUUGAAUUUCACUCUUCUUCAGAUAAUUUCAAAAUCACAGGAUUAUUAAAAGCACAUAUUUCUGAAGGUUUCUAUGAUGAUGUGGUACUACUAACAUUUACUAAGCAAUAGACUUCUUACCUUCAUUUUGCACAGAGAAUUUUAAGAGUCAAGUCUUGUAAAGAUUGAAUUUUCUUUAAUGUUGUGUUUGUGUGAGCGUGUGUUACUGUAUGCUCCAAUUGCACUCCCUUCUCUUAAUCUGAAUGGCAGGGUGCCAAUUUACCAACCCCACCCCCAGCCUCUGAACCCCUGUUUGUAAAAGACCAAAACCAGCAAUGUGGUAGUCUUUCAGUGCUUUGAGACUUCUCUGAAGACAUACUUCACUUAACCCUCAUGCAUCAUUAUGGACAUUUUUGUCCUUAAUGACUGAAGAGGGUAGUAAAUUAAACUGAUGCCUGAGGGUUAAAAACAUGUCAAAAGUGUAAAGUUUCAUUUGAAUAAAAAGCUGUUCCAUUCCCUGAAACAGGUGGGCAAUGUAGUUUCUAGCAAACAUUGCUUAAACUGGAGGAAACAGUGAGUUUGUUGGGGACUAUUUUCAGCAGCGGAUUAGUACACAUUUGGAGCUCCAAUGAGUACUUAUAUUAAAGAAAAGCUUUAACAGUUAUUAGUUGAGUAGUAAAUUAGUCAAAACUACUUCCAGCUUCAGAAGUCUGUGUCAGGAUUUGCUGCUUUAUUUGGUGUCACCUUGGGCAUUAGAAAAUUGUGACAGGCAUUUUUUUUACUAUCCAGACAUUUUAUAGACCAAACAAUUAACUGAGAAAAAAAUUGGCAGAUUAAUCAUUAAUGAAAAGAAGCUUUAGGCACAGCCCUAAUUUACAGCAACAGGACUGUGUUCUGUGGGACUGACGUCAAAUUAAUUAUAGUGGCUGUGGUGUGUUCAGUGCAGUGAAGGGACAUUACCCACCCAACGCAAUGAAUCAAUUCAUUGCUGGUUUUGGUCUUUUUUAUUGGAUUUAUAAUAUGACAGUAAAAAAAAGUGUAAAAUAUCACCAACCUCUGAAUCCUUACACUCAUGACAAGAUCACCUCUAACUUGGAAUAUCAACACAUAAACAUAAACUUGGGCUUUAUUUUCCCAUGUUUCUGCAUGUAAAUGAUUGAUGGGGACAAAAACCUUUGGAAUCCAUGUUAUAUUAUGCAAGAACAGUGUAGCCGGCCACCACAACAGCUGCAAUGUAAUCAAAUUGGCAGGCAUCCACUAAAGUGCUCAAAUUGUUAUUUUAAGUGUCUGACAACAUUAUGGAUAAGAUUCCUACAGAGAUAGAGCUUUGUAUUAAAGAGGAAGAUACUUCUUGAUUAAGCAGAAACAUCAUCAUAUAUCUCUACCAGACUCCACUGACAAAAACAGGAAUUUUACUGAGCAGAACACAGGAGUUGCCAGAAUACUGCUGCCUUGAUCAGUUAGUUUGUGUUGUUGUGUGGUACUUUGACUUAUGUAAAGGAACUAAAUACUUCCUCCACCACUGAAAGUCACACAUAUCCAUACUGUCAGUUAAGUAUAAUAACUAUCUGAGCCAGUCAGUGGCAAAAACAAGCAUUUUAGUGGAUGUGCUUUGACGCAGAUGUGACCCGUUGGAUUACAUUACAGCAGCUGUUUGCCCCAAUCCCAAAAACAUGGGAAAAUAAAGCCCAGGUUCAAAAAGAAGUUAUCGGAGGCCGGAGUGUGCCCGAAGCCUAGAGAAGCAAGCUUGUUACUGGAGGGUCGUCAGUUCAGUUCAUGGGGCAGGAUUAAACCAAGGUGGGAAAAGUGAAAAAGCUUCCCUCAUCCACGCCACUGUGGUACCCUUGAACCAGGCCCAGCUGCUCAGUGGGUCAGUACUGUGGUCAUACUGUGUGAAUGUGUGAGGUUGCCUCAGUGAAACUAGCCCGAUUAAAUAAAGGUAAAAAGUGGAUUUGACUGGCUGCUACAAUAUAAAUUCCCUGCGACACUGUGUCCACCCUGCCAGCUGUGGGACUGGGUGGGAAUCCUCAAAGGACAGCAUGCAGGGUCAUAAAUCUACCGUCACUGUUCCCACAGGAAGAGGCAGCGUGUGAACUGUCACAGAGAAUUCUGACAGCAGGACAUGUUAGGACCGGUGAGUCUGGGAGAGGGGGGACGGUGCUCUGUGGCCUUUUUGUUUUUGGAUGGUCUUACAGUAAAAGUGGCAGGGACUUGGAGUUAAUGUGUGUAAGAGUGUGAUUGAGAGAUAAGAGUGUAUGUAAAUAAUAUUACUUGGGUACAUACAUGUACAUACAGUGCCAAAUGAAAUGGAAACGUUUUCAGCCAUGGAGUUUGAACUUGGCUUGGCUGUGUGUCUUGGCACAGUUUACUAAAACUCACCGAUCACCACCUUUUUUUUUUUUUCAGCUCAAACAUAAAUCAUUAGUGCAGCAGCAUUCUUCCUGUACAGUCCUGAACAUUUUCACAUGGAUGAACAGUCCACCAGAGGACUUGCGCCCAUACAUGUUUAUGUAAUACUGCACACAGAGCAAGAACAAUAAAUCUGCUUAUGUCAAAAGUCA